AUGGGCAAAAUCCCGGCUGCGCCGCAGAACCUUCCCCCGAGCAUCGCGGCUGGAAAAGCGCCCGAAUUCCCGGGGGGAAGCGCUGGCUCCUUCCCGGCUCAUUCCCGGCUCAUUCCCGGCUGGAAUCGCGCCCGGAGCCGGAGCCUCAGCUGCGGCCGGGCCGGGAACGAUCCCAAAAAAUCCCCAGGGGGCGGCGGGGGGGGAGGAGGAGGAGGAAGAGGAGGAGGAAGACCGGCGCUGCCCCGGGAGCCCCUCAGCCGCGAGGAACGCCGCCGCCGGCGCCGCGCCACGGCCAAGUACCGGCGAGCGCACGCCACGCGCGAGCGGAUCCGCGUGGAGGCCUUCAACGCCGCCUUCGGCGAGCUGCGGCGCCUGCUGCCCACGCUGCCGCCCGACAAGCGCCUGGCCAAGAUCGAGAUCCUGCGCCUGGCCAUCUGCUACAUCUCCUACCUGAACCACGUCCUGGACGUGUGA